AUGCUGCAUCUAGGGCAGAUGAGGCAACUCGAACAGGCAAAAAAAAUGUUCAAAAACGUCCACCUGAUAGCCGGAGUCACAGAAGACGAUGAGACGAGGCGCUACAAGAGCCAUAUAGUGAACAGCAUGGAAGAAAGGGUGGAAAUGCUGAGGCACGUCAAGUGGGUGGACGAAAUAAUAGCGCCAUGCCCGUGGGUGAUAACCAGAAGCUUCUUCGAAAAGAACAACAUCGACUUCGUAGCCCACGACGACAUACCGUACACGGCAGUGCAGACGGUGUCGGACAAGGGGGCGGCCCUCGCUGGAGCUGGAGCCAGAGAAGGCGGGAAGAAGAUGGAGUCCGAGGACAUAUACAAGUGGCUGAAGGAAGAGGGGAAGUUCAAGGCGACGCACAGGACUGCGGGGAUCAGCACGACGGAAUGUGUGGUCAAAAUACUGCAGAACUACGAGGACUUCAUAGACAAGUUCCUGAAGAAUGGAAUGAAACCCUCAGAACUGAACAUUGACGUGACUAAGGCAACAUCGAUUUUAAUUAAAAAGAACAUAAAUAAGCUAGUGGACAAGUUAUUGCAUCAGAUAACGAAGAUCACCCUCACAGAUGAGCCUCUGGGGACUGGAUUUGACUACAGAGUGGAUGAACUGAGGUCUAAUCUUAUGAAAGCAUUGACGCUAUGGCUGAAGAAGUACAACAUCGCUCUGAGAACAUUUGUAAGGAUGAAUGAGCACUCGGAUCAUGAGCCAUUUGCACACAACGAUAACUUUAUAUCGCCUAAUGAUGAAGAAAAAAACACAGUAAAUUCCGAAAAGAUAGAAGUUAACAAUUGUUUAGACGCUGGUUCCUCAGAGUUGAAAUCGCCAGCACCAUCAAGCAAUCUUAACUUUAGCCCCGAAAACGCAAAGGGCACGAACUCUAAAUUAAGCUGCGAAAGUCAGCACACGGUAGUGUACACGUUCGGCGUAUUCGACCUGUUGCACUACGGACACGCACGCCACAUGGAGCAAGUAAAAAAGAUGUUCGAAAACGUGCACCUUAUAAUAGGAGUGUUAUCGGACGACGAUAGCAUCAGGUGCAAGGGGAGGUUGAUACAGCCACUCUCAAUCAGAGUGGCCACCCUGGAGCACAUAAGGUGGGUGGACGAGAUUGUUCCAAACUGCCCCUUCGAGCUAACAUCAGAAUUUAUCAAAAAGCACGGAAUAGACUACGUGUGCCUCAACAAAGACCCCUCAGUUGACACUUCAAGUCCAGUGUGGAACGAGCUCAGGAGAACGAACAGGGUGUUGAACAUUCCGAAGACGGUCUCCAUGUGCACGUCGAUUCUCAUGCUGAGCAUACUGCGCAACUACGAGCUGUACAUCCAGCGCUCACUGGACAGGGGUGUGGGAAGAAGAGAGCUCAGGUUGGGCUACGCAAAGGAGCGCUCGUUGAAGGUGAAAAAUUCCAUGAAGAGUCUCCAAAAGAAGUUGAACGGAGAGUUGGUUAAGGCGACCUUAACUGACAAGCACAUCGUAAGAGGUCACAAAUUCGACAAGAAUGUCGACGUUAUAAUCGAAAAGGUGAUUGACACAAUCGACAAUUGGAGGAGAGACUACGAUCACCUGAUAUCGGAGUUCGCAAAGUACUACAGAGGUCUCAUUAAAAGGGAUGAGAUUAACGUUUAA